UACGAAAUCGUCAUGUGUGACGCAGGCGCAGACCGAUCCAGCCACCUUGUCCUGUCUGUAAGUUCAGCUGUCACUCCUUCUCAAGCCUCUCGUGGGUGACUGGCUGCUGUGCCUCUAAGCAUGGGUGUCAUUACGGGACUCUGUACUUUCUUAUAUCACCUACCUCAGAUUUACAAAUGGCUGCUGAAGCCGUAUUAUAUCACCUCAUUCUUCAUGACCGUUGCCUUCGUCGCUGUCCGAAAGGCUCCCGGUCUGUGCGAGCACCUAGCGACUCAGCGCGAGGACGGCAACUCCUGCGACUUUGACUGGAGAGAACUUGAGAUUCUUAUGUUUCUCAGUGCAAUAGUGAUGAUGAAGAACAGAAGAGCAAUUACACUGGAGCAGCACAUAGGCAACUUGUUCCUGUUCAGCAAAGUGGCCAACGUCAUCCUCUUCUUCAGGCUGGACAUUCGACUCGGCAUCCUCUACUUUGCUUUGUGCAUAGCCUUUGUUAUGACCUGUAAGCCGCCUGUCUACAUGGGCCCUGAGUACAUCAAGUACUUCAGUGACAAGACCAUAGAUGAAGAGCUGCAGAGAGACAGCCGUGUCACCUGGAUUGUUGAAUUUUAUGCCAACUGGUCCUCUGACUGCCAGUCCUUUGCCCCUGUGUUCGCUGACCUUUCUCUCAAGUACAACUGUAAUGGACUUAGGUUUGGGAAGGUGGACAUAGGACGGUAUGGAGAGGUUUCAGAGAGUUACAGGGUCAGUACGUCUCCUCUGGCCAAGCAGCUUCCCUCACUGAUUCUUUUCCAAGGAGGACGGGAAAUGAUCAGACGUCCAAUGGUGGACAACAAAGGAAGAGCUGUGGCUUGGACCUUCAAUGAGGAGAAUAUUAUCAGAGAGUUUAACCUCAAUGAGAUCUUCCAGAAGUCCAAGAAGCUGAACAAAAGUUUUGGUAUGAAAGAGGAGGAUCAGAACAGCUUUCAGCCAGAGGAGGGCAGCAAUGAGCUUCAUACUGGAACUGACAACCCAGGACAGCCCACAGAGAGUAAGAAAGACCAGUGAGGUGAAGAGGAACAAUUGUGUGAAGAGGAACACUUGUGUCAAGUGUCUUUGUUUCCAUGCCUUACAUCACUGCAAAAGUUUUAAGGAUCCAGUGAUAAAAGUUGGUUCAUCUGUGACACCAAUAUAAAAAGAGGAAACCUGGCUCUCUGAACAUGAAAAUGUAAAAAAAAAAUGAGGAAGGAAAUAGAUAAGCCAGAAUCCAAAGGUUUAAUCAAAGGAAAGUUUUAUGGAUCCAUCAUAUGGUUGCUUAUAGAUAUCCUAGUUUGAAUGAAGAUUUAGACGUUAGUGUGUGUUUUCUCUUUUUCUCACAGACCUAUGCAUUGUAUAUAUUUUUUGUAUUAAGGGUAUUAUUUGACAUUUUAUUUUCCCCUUUUGAUGUAUUUUGGUAUGUUUUGUGUCUUCGUUUGUUGCUGAUUGCUUUCAUCUUUUUUUCACCUGCCUUGUCUUUCUCUGGUUUGGUUUGCUGCCUCUUAUUGGUUGUAACUGGUAAUAAGUGAGUCACACCAUAAUGACUGAUUUGUGAGGCUCUGACCAUGUGACUGCCUGCCAUUGGCUGUAGUUGAUAUAGAGGUGAUUACACCACAAAUAUUGAAGAAAUACUUGCUGGAAACCAGGGUAUAUACAAAAUAAUCCUAUAUUUAAUUUAAUACCUUUUAAGACUUUUGUCACAUUGGUGACACAGUUCUAUGCAUGUUUUGUGUUGACUGUAAAAUAAAAAUGUGACAACAUAGUCAAGAAAAUGCAGAUACCUGUUAUUGUGUUGUAUGAAUAUUUCUCUAAGAUGCUAGCAGUGCUAUCAUCUUUAGAUUCUGUGCCAGUAUUACAAAAGGCAAAAGCUGCACUGCAAUUUUUUUUUUUCAAUAUGCUAAAUCCUGUAAACGUUUAGUAGAAUCCCCGGUCUCUUCUUCACACCUCUCCUGCAACCACUUCUCAGAAAACUUGCAUCUACCUAUCAUUUAAAUAAAUAAAUAAAGUUUAUUUACAGCCACACUUCACUCCAUCACAUAGUUAACUCGCUAGCCAGGAACACAGUGGAGCUUUUAGGAUGCACUGAUAGCUCAGUGGGGCAGGAACAAAGACAAACAUGCAAACAGACAUCAGAUCUGGUAGAGUUCUCUUCCUUGUGCUUGAAACCGAAUGUAAAAACAAAAGCAGGAAAUCUAGCCUACAACCUCUUGGCAAAUAGAAAUAUUGAAAACAGCUAGGGAGUUUAAGACCGCAUGGUCUUGCAUUUAAGAUUUUUUGAAAGCUUUUAUUUCUGCUAAAUUGAUCAACUUUUAAUACUUUUGAAGACUUUGCAGACACCCUGGAAACAUUUUGGCCUUUUAAACAAUUUCAUCAUUAUAACACAGCAUUUAGAGUAGUUCCUUCCUCAUUUUUUACAUUUGCAGUGUUUGGUUUCCACCUUUUAUGUUGGUCAGAAUUCCCCCCCCUGUAUUUAAAGAGCACCCAACUUUGUUUUACUGCUCUUCCCUUUUAGCACACUGAGCAGCCAGUCACCACCCUUUUGUCUCUCCAGGUUCAUAAACAAAUAUACCCAGAAACUUUUGCCCACUCUGACAGGGCAUGAUGCUGUUUUUUGAAUCCAGCUAUACUGGACAUUUAAAUACAAACAUGAAGUUAUUUAACCAAUGAUUGUUUUCAGCAACAUCUCAUCAUUGUGUAAACUACUGCUGCUUUUAUUGUGUUUACUGCUGCCUUUUUCAAACCAAAGUUAAAGAUUCAUUUGAAAUAAAAAAGAAGUGCACUGUUAAGAAUUUGGACAAGUAUGCUUUUUUCACUUUGACCUUUUUAUUCUGAGAAGACAUCUUUUUAAAAAUUCUUUAUAAGGCCAUUUUGGAAAUGUCUUUAAUGUACUCAUUACAGAUAUUUGUGAAACUCGUUCCAUUCAUCACAGCCCACAACAGCAAUAGUUUAUCGCACACAGAAGUAUACCUACUAUACUCAAAAAGGUCAGAUUGUUCAGAGGCCACCAUCAUUGGCCAGGGCAGGAAGAAAAAUAACACAGGUUCUCUUUAUCUCCAUAAGACGGCUGCUUGUGCCAUUCAUGAUGCUUCUUUUCUUUUAGCCACCCACACAUGAACCGGGUAGACAUUUGACAAUAUUCUCAUGUUAGCCAGCAGGUGAAGCAUUCAGCAUGACAAACAAAAUCACAUGCACACUGAAGACAAAGCCUAGGAGGGUUAAAAGCUUGUAACACAGUCGUUUGGGUUGGAUGAUGAUACUUGUGUGCUUCAAGUGUGUACUUCCACCCUAAGACGUGCUACAUUCAGCCAGCUUUAACAUUCUACUGCCAACAUCACUGUGGGCUUUGAGAGUAAAAAAUAAAUAGGAAACCUUAACUUUAAUGCCCGAUUCUGAUAAGAUAAAACUUUGCAUACACAUCAGUCUAACUCUAAUUAGUACUCUGUUUGUGUACCUUUAGAGACGUUUCUAUAAAUCAGCAAGACAAUUGAAAAAAAGUUUAUCUGCCAACAUGUUUUUCCUCAGAAAUAUUUUUAAAAAAUAGUCAUAAAAAAAUUAAAAUGUGCUUGCUUCAUGAACAAUGAUCUCAAGGCAAAAAAAUUCCAUUGCAAGCCAGUCCCUCUUUAACAAUCUUUUUAGUGGCUUUUUGCAUUUACAAUUCCUUUUAUAACAAUUACCAAAAAUAGUCAUAAUUCCUCGUCUUUUCUCAUAAAAAAUAAUAACACACUGGUUUGAAAUUGUGUCAAGAACUAUAAAGUUGUCUUGUUUUGUGAAAUAAAUAAGCCCUUCCCUCGCUGCCCCUAUUUGGC